UGCGCUGAUUCCCUGCAGACCCGCCCGCUCAGCUCAGCCAUCUGAAUGUGUGUAUGAGUGUGUGAGAGAGCUUCCAGCAUAAGGGCCGAACACUGAGGUGUCAGCGCAUCCGGACACAGGACAGCCAUGGCCCUGCUCGAUCUAGCUUUGCAAGGGUUUUCCAUCUUCGGAUUUCUCUUGUUUAUCGUCCUAUGGCUCAUGCACCUCGUGUCCAUCAUCUACGUCCGUCUGCAUCUCAACAAGAAGACCCCAGACAAGGUGCCGUACAGCAAACUGGCUGGUGUCUCGCUGCUGAAGCCCCUCAAGGGUGUGGACCCCAAUCUAAUAAACAAUCUUGAGACGUUUUUUGAGCUGGACUAUCCCAAGUAUGAAAUUCUGCUCUGUGUUCAAGACCAUGACGAUCCAGCCAUUGAUGUUUGUAAGAAGCUUCUGGGCAAAUAUCCGAAUGUUGAUGCCAGGUUAUUUAUAGGAGGUAAGAAAGUUGGCAUCAAUCCGAAAAUAAAUAACCUCAUGCCAGCUUAUGAAGGGGCAAGGUAUGAACUUGUCUGGAUCUGUGACAGCGGCAUUCGAGUGAAGCCAGACACUCUAACUGAUAUGGCUAAUCAGAUGACGGAGAAGGUUGGACUGGUUCACGGCCUUCCUUACGUGGCAGACAGACAAGGAUUUGCCGCUACAUUGGAGCAGGUUUAUUUUGGAACGUCACAUCCUCGUUCCUACAUCUCAGCCAAUGUAACGGGAAUCAAGUGCGUCACAGGGAUGUCGUGUCUCAUGAGGAAGGACGUCCUGGACCAGGCCGGCGGGCUGAUUGCGUUUGCUCAGUACAUCGCUGAAGAUUACUUCAUGGCCAAGGCCAUCGCAGACAGAGGAUGGAAAUUUUCCAUGGCAACGCAGGUAGCCAUGCAGAAUUCUGGCUCAUACUCCAUCGCACAAUUCCAGUCUCGCAUGAUCAGAUGGGCCAAGCUGAGAAUCAACAUGUUGCCAGCCACCAUCAUUGAGCCCAUCUCAGAGUGCUUUGUGGCAAGCCUUAUCAUCGGCUGGGCUGCCCACCAUGUGUUUCGCUGGGACAUCAUGGUGUUUUUCCUAUGCCAUUGCCUGGCCUGGUUCAUUUCUGAUUACAUUCAGCUCAGAGGAGUACAGGGCGGCCCUCCAUCCUUCUCUAAGCUGGACUAUGCAGUGGCCUGGUUCAUCAGGGAGUCCAUGACAAUUCAGAUUUUCUUGUCUGCUCUUUGGGACCCGACCAUCAGCUGGAGGGCAGGACGCUACCGAUUACGUUGCGGAGGUACAGCAGAAGAAAUCUUGGAUGUUUAAAUGGCACCGUGUGCCAAGGACUAUGCACUGGUGUAAACAUGGAAACAGAACUGUGAGAAGAUGUGGGCGCAGAUGGACAAAUGAACUGCAACUUUUUUUUUUUUUUUUUUUCUGGGUUUUAUUCCAACUUCUGAUAGUUUUUAUCCUGGUACUUUAGCAAGCUUGAAUAGAUUAUUUAUGUCCUUGGUGCUUUUUUGUUUUUCCUGUGAGGUCUCUUGACAAUUUGAGAUGAGCCAAAAGUUACGGAGUGGUAAAGAAGAGAAAAGGAUGUCUGGCGACGAGGCGGCACUUCAGCAGGCAUCAGAACCCUGAUUAAAACGCAUCUAAAUUCAACUUUUUUUUUUUAUUUUUAAGGUCCUUGCAACAUGUUUAGUGGUAGUUAAACAACUGUGUAUCGCGACAUAUACGUUGUAUCGUGUUCGGAUGAGCGGUACAGUUUUUAAACAUUAUAGUGACACGAAAGUGGGGUAGUGAAUGACUGAAGCCUUUUAAAAUGGCACUAGUGCAUGAAUGGAUCACUUGCUUAUCACAGUGUUGCUCUCAACAUACAGCACUCUUGCCAUAUUUUAUACAUUUUUGGACUUUUGAAUGCUCAAAACGGAUCCACUCAGGUCCAUUUUAUGUUUACUGGACAGAGCAAUAUCUUCAUAUACAUAGGGAAUUGUGGCAGAUGUUCGUAUACAGUUACUGUUGAUCUAUCCUGAAACGAACGCAACGCUUGUACAUGCUUGUACAGUCUUUGCAGCCACCCUGCAGUAUUCGAACAAGAGGUAUAAAGGCCUAGUUUGAGCCUAAGUUAUCCUCAACAUCUGCCGAUUUAAUUGCAUAUCUUAUGAAAUUUAGUGCCAUUUGAAGAGAAAACGUUUUUAUCGUUAUAAUUUUGGCUUCUUCAAAGCCAACACCAUGGUUUUUCUUCAAGGUCUUUAUCUUCCUGUGCUUCAUUCUCUGCACUAUUUGCUCUCAUACCAGAAUCAGGGUUUGCUAAAACAUUUCUUCCCGUGCCGCUGUUUGUUUGAGAAGUUCUGUCAGUAUUUUCCUGUAAAUGUUUGACUGGAUAUAAAUGCUCAGAUUUACCUUUUAAAUUGUCCGAACAUUUCAUCCCACGCCAUUUCAUUUAUCCAAUUAAACCAAAUUCUAUUAAGAAUUUGAGAAGUUCAAGUUAUAUACACUCAUUUUUUUGAGUUAUCGUGCAAAAUUAUAAAAAAACUGUUGGCAAACAUCUGCUUUUACGCUCUGGGACAUUUCAAAAUUUUCAGUCGCACAGUGUGCUUGUUGGCUUUUUUCGUUCCCCAACAAUGUAAACCCCCUGAUCUACACUAAGUCAAACAGUAAUCACGAAACAAUUGACAUUCUUCUCUUCCUUUUUUCUUAUUUUUUUCCUCCACAGUUGUAUCUUGAGGAACUGCUUGUUUCUGUAUUGUACUGCCAGCACUUUGCUGUUAAACCGCUCUUUCUGCAUUUUCCUCAUUUCUUGACUUGCCCGCCUUCAUGUGCUGCUGUGUGUUCAUGAAUCAUGGCGCUGAUCGUGAAGUACCCAUGCCAGCACUGGCAGUAUUGGUAUACAGAUAAUCUACUCAUUUACCUGGACCGUUCAACCCUUAUUGUUAUUCUAAAACCAUAAUAUGUGAUUCAGGAAAACACGCUGAUGUGAGCCGUGUGCGUGUGUCUUCAUAGUCCAUCAGCUGCCAUUUGGGAAGUUACAAACACUGUUUUAGCCCAAUGCCAAACCUUCCAUUGUUUGUGUUUUUGGUGUUGGUUUAUUAAAUCUAAUUCGAAUGCAUCUAAGUUUGUUCUACUGAACACUUGGGCUGACUAUUGGAAAUAUACUUAAACUUGUGUUUUGUGCAUGAGGCCACAAAAUUAAUGCCAUUUUUUUCGUAACAUGGCAGCUGAAGUAUUAACAGUCGGGGAUAUAUCAGUUUGCAAUAACCAUAUACAUUAUAAACUGUAAUACUGUAUUCAGGCUGUGAAACAAAAGCAAGCUUCCAAACCCAUUUCUUUGUCCAGUUGUGGUAUAAUAAACAUUUCAUAUUUUGUUGAUCGUUUCACAUGAAUUGUUCCUCAUACAAAUAAUGGGCCUCAUUCAUGAAACCUGAACAAAUUUCAUGAAAUCGUAGAAAAAAAGCAUUCUUAAAUUGUUACAUGGAAUUAAUAGUUUGUAAAUCCAAUGGAAUUGAUUUUACAAAUUAUUCACUUGAAGGUGACAAUUUAUAAGAAUUCAGUAGAACAGUUUAAAGGUUUUAGGUAAAGUUUUUACUUAAGAAUAACUAAAAUGAAUUCUGCUCUUGAAUAAGACCCAAUGUGUUGUUGAUCUGCAACAUUGUUAAAAUUGAAUGUACGUUUGCAUGAACAUGCAUUUUGUUUUUUGUUUUUUUUUGGUAACACUUGAAACGCCACUGUAGAAACCAUAACAUUUUAUUUAGAAAAGGGGAAAUCUGGCUUUUUCUGCAACUAUCCAAGUUCUGCUCUUUACUUUCAACCAUAUCUGCUGGCUCUUAUUUUAUAUAUGUGAAAUAUUGUGUCAAAAAGUAACUUGUAAAUUCACCUCAUUUACGAAAAGUCUACAAUGCACUGUAAAUUUCCUGUUUAGACUUUUCCUCUUUGUGUGGCUGUGAGAGAAUGCUGAGUGUGUUUGUGGAAAUAUGCUGUUUAUGGCCUUUUUUGAUAUGUCAAUUCUGAAAGGAUUGUAUUAUCGUAAAGUUCUGUGGGGAACUGGACUUUUUUUUUUUUUUUUUUUUUUUUUUCCAAUAAGUGUACAGUUGUAUGUUUGUCUGAUUUAACAUGUUUUGUAGAAGACUGGUGACCUGUAUGGUGCCAUGUGGACAUGAGAAAAUGUCUGGCUGUUCUGCACUUGUCAACCUGAGUACCAGCAGCUGUUUACUCACAACUACAGUCAAAAAAAAAAAAGUGUCUCAUCCUGUGGUAUGAUUGUAACAUUACUACAUUUCACUCAUGAUCAUUCUUUACUACAGCCCUGGACUCAAGGUUGAACAAAGCGACCAAGAAAAACUACUGCUACGUUUUUACCAUAUGGUCAUCAAUCAGAGUAGAAAAAAAGUCUAGUUGUGAUCCACCGCUUUUAUUUUAUGUGCUGUAAAUUGACAAAAGUGCAAAGAAAAAGCUUUUAACUUUUUUUUUAAAGAGUAUGUACAGUUUAUUUAUGAAGUUUGGUUGAUAACCAUUACAUACACUGCUUCCUGAGGCUUAAUUUAUCAUCAAGUUGUACAUUUUUGUUUUUCCCUAUGAGUUUUGUUCUGUUUUGUUUUUUUCUGGCAGUGUAAAGGUAUGGCUGGACAGACUUCAGUUUUUGAAUCUUUUAUGUUAUUUUGUAGGUGUUGUGUACUGUACUCUUGAUGCUGAAUGCGUAAUCCACAGCUGGAAACUGUGAAAUUACAGAUAAAUUAAAGCUUUAUCAAGCAAUAUAAAAA